AAUGCAUUUUUAAAUUGUUAAAAUAUUUAGUUGAACCCUGUUAGCAUAUCAUCCAUACCCUUUUGGUUUCAUUGCUUUUGCUCUUGUUCUCUGCCUCUCUCUCUCUGUCCUCCCCUAGUAUCAAGUUCAACUUUCAAUACAUUAUCCACACUCCUGUCUGCACAAGUCCGCAGUUUCCUCUUCUUAAGUGCCAAACAAGCAACUUAAUUGUAACUCCGAUUUCCUUGGAACUCUUUCAACUUGGCUGCUGUUGUUAGUCAUUAUUACGUAUUUUCAACACUCUCUGGUGCAGAGGGCCAUCUUGGUGUGGUAUACAGAAAGGUGAGCAAAGAAAGACUGAAAAAGUGCAAGUGUUUAUGGAUUGGAAUUUGAAAGCACCUUCUUGGGAUUUGAGUGAAGUGGAUCAGGCAAACUUACCCAACAUGGAAACAAUGGAAGGCUCAAGCAGAUAUGGAAUGUAUAGAACUAAGGGGGAAUUUUCUGUUGACUUGAAGCUUGGCCAAGUGGGAAAUUCUGGCACGGAAUCAUCAGUGUUGACUAAGUCCAAAGAUGGUGGUGCUGUUGGAGUCUCCAAAAUGAUAUCCUCAUCUUCUUCAGGGUCAGCUAAGAGAGCUCGUUCCCUUAGCAACGGGACACAAACAGUGUCAUGCCUUGUGGACGGGUGCCACUCUGAUCUCAGUAACUGCAGAGACUAUCAUAGGCGCCAUAAGGUCUGUGAAGUCCAUUCCAAGACUGCACAGGUCACAAUUGGAGGCCAGAAACAAAGGUUCUGCCAGCAGUGUAGCAGGUUCCAUUCACUGGAGGAAUUUGAUGAGGGGAAAAGGAGCUGCAGGAAGCGGUUAGAUGGGCACAACCGACGGAGAAGAAAGCCACAACCAGAAGUUGUUCUAACGCGGUCUGCUAGUUUUUUGUCGAAUUACCACCAAGGCACACAAUUGCUAUCUUUCUCAAGUUCACAUGUGUACCCAUCCACUACUGUGGUGAAUCCUACUUUGGGUGGAGUUCUUACUUCUGGUGAUGUAAGGCUUCAUGGGCAGAACCACCUCCACCACCAAAUGCAUUUGGUUGAUAAACAGGACCUGUUUCUUGGAUCUUCUCCAACCGGUUACAAGGAAGGGAAGCAUUUGGCAUUCAUGCAAGGUGACCACACCCUCAACAACCAGAGCCCACAUCUUCCAGGUGCUUCCGUGGGCCCGGCCCAGAUGUUUCUUAGGACCAGCCCGUAUUCAGAAAGCGGUGGAUUGAGAUGCAAAAUGUUCUGCGAUAGCCUAACAGGUUCGGCCCACGGCAACACCUCUCGUGCUCUCUCUCUUCUGUCAUCACCACCACAGCCGCACAGUCCUGGAAAUGGAUUAAACCAAAUGGUGAACCCUCACUCGCCACUUAUGCAACCCUUGGGCCUGAGCCUGCAUGAUAACAGCCUGGGCUCCGUGGACCCGGUUUUGGGCCCCAACGGGAGUGACCAUUCCUCAUCAAUGCAUCACAUAGGUUCUAAUGGAUCCCAGGUGAAUGAGGCCCCUCCACUAUUUCCCUUUCAAUGGGAAUAGACUUCAAUUAUAAGGACUCGUCCUUUGGUUGUUGAUUCUUUCCCUCGUACUAUUUCAAUGUUCAAUUUAUCUUUUAAUGAAGGCAAUGAACUAUAUCCAUCACGUUUAACAAAAUGGUGUGGAAAUUUUUCAUGUCUUUAAAAGUGAUGAGUUUGUUGCUGUGCACCAUCAAAAACUAUAUUUCCU